AUGUUACUUGACCUAGACCAGUCAAUCCCAGAUCCAUCAGCACCAUCUGUACCGGUUGCACCAGCUAGACAGUAUGAGGAGCCAGACCUUGCUGCCGACACUACUGAGGAACAUGGGCACAAAACAGAAGGUUACAUCUCCCUCAGACAAGAAGUCGUAAACAUAUUGCGGCAGGGACACCUCAAACAGCUGUUUAGCGAUAAAGGGAGAACCAACUUCGCCAGAGGACGUAAACACCAAGGCCCGCCGAAGAUGCCAACACCAACUCGUACUAUCAACAUGAUCAUCGGCGGCGGCGAUGAUGCCUCUAGCAACAGCGUGAAGUUCACCACCACUCACAAGCUCAAAUCUAUCACUCGUGAAUGGUACGAUGGACUUGAAGAAAGUAUCAUCAUCGAUGAGUCGGAUGCCGACAGUUUGACUUUUCCUCAUAAUGAUGACCUCAUUAUUACUUUAUGCAUUUUAGAUACCGAUGUGAAAUGCAUCAUGGUGGACGAUGGAAGUGGAGCAUGCAUUAUCCAUCUCUGA